AUGAUACUUGCAAAAGGCGUAGCAGGCGAUCGAGGCUCCAGGAGUGAAUGUCUUCGGAGAGUGUUGCUGGACAUGCCGAACAUAAUAGAGCUGAAGAACGGGCCACACAGCGCGUACUGGAACACUUUGAAUUUGUUCGCGUAUCGAACUUACAAAGAGUACCUGGAGAACAAGGACAAUUUGUUGGAGCUUACUCCGACCCAGAAGAAGAAGCUCCAGCACUUGACCAUCGUUACAUUGGCUGAAAAGUCCAAAUGUAUUCCAUACUCGGUUCUGCUUACGGAACUCGGGAUUGAUAAUGUUAGAGAGCUCGAGGAUCUUAUUAUUGAAGCUGUCUAA